GGCGCGCACGACAGGGAUAGAGUUUCUCCCAGUAAGAGAUCUCUUUGACCGCCAAAGAUUCGGUUUCUUUUCCUCUGUAACUCACACAUCAAGCAGCAGUAGACUGGAAGGAAUAACAUUUUCAAACGGUUACUAUGAUUCAUUUUCUUUUUCAAAACUAGAGCAUUAACUCAUGGUGAUCGCCGGGUGUGCGUCGCGCUCGCUGCCCAGCGUCGUGUUACCUCCCUCGGGGCAGCAUGGGCUCGUAAGAUGCCUUCUCUGUGGAAACGGAUAACCUUCUCGGUGGCCUCGGUGCUCUGUGUCGGCUCCGUGGUCCUGCUGCUAGUGGCCCUGUCCACGGAGCAGUGGGUGACGGGAAGGAUUCUGUGCAAGACCGGGGCGGAGAUAGUGAACGCUUCAGACCCGGAGCUGGAACAGUUCAUCGGGGAUAUUUACUACGGUUUGUUCCAGGGAGGAAAGAGCAAAAAGUGCGGACUGGGCAAGAGGAGUUCCAAAAUCUACAUUUUCCCAAAGCUUGUGCGGACAUUAAACGGUGGUCUUCACAUGAUGGUGAUCCUUUUCCUGCUGGUGGCUAUGGGCUUUGCCAUGGUCAGCCUGUCGUUCUGCAUUUACAACGCACGCAAAGUUCCCUACCAAAGCAUCAAAGGGCACAAAGGACUUUACCUGUGGAACUUCAUCGCUGCCCUUUUCGGUGCCCUGGCCCUGCUGUGUUUCCUGGCAGCUUUGAGACAUCACAGUCUGACUGAGCGGGUGGCGAAUUUCCACGAGAACCUCUUUGUUCUUGUGGUCCUGGAUGACAGCUUGGACUGGUCCUUCUGGCUCGGUGUGGGCAGCAUUGGGUCUCACUUUGCCGUCUGUGGAGUUGUGGCCAUGAGCCGGAUCAAACUGCCCAAACCAGAGAUCAAGAAACCUGAAGAACCAACGAUCUCUUCUCUGGACCUGCUCUACUGAAGGGUGUCCAGAGAGCAUUGGUGUUUGUUUUUAUAUUCCUGAACGUUGACAGGAGCAAAUCUCAAAGACUGACAGCAAAGGGAUUCAACACUGUUCCAGAAACAUUUUAACUUAAGAUGACUUUUAAGCUGAUAAUAGCUUGAAUAUAACAUUAUUACUCUUUAUUAUGGGAAUUCUAACUUGGCAAUUCCUUUUCCAGCGGUUAUAAAGGUUUCAUCUUUUAUUGCUCAAAAUUGAGAAAACCUCAAAAAUUGAGAAAACCUCAAACAAAAAGCGGUGACAACUAUGUUAUUCAACAGUCAACACACACUGGAGAUCUUCAAAAUUAUGCAGAAAUGGAUUUUGGAUACAUCCGAGUUAACAUCUGCUGGUGGCUGCUGGACCUCAGAAAAUCAACAAGUUAAGCUUGAGUCACAUCAUGGUUUCAGACACUGGUAAUAAAGGAAAUGCUCAGAGCAAAAAUGCAGAAUUUUUAAAUCAACUCUCUGUUUACAAGACCAAGUCUAACCCUAAGUAAACAAGUAUAACAAUGAAUUCUGCUCAUUCUGUGCUGUAUAUAUUAUGUCUAUAGCUGCAAUCUGUAAAUAUGUCCUGAUUUUUUUCAUUAAAUAAGAUAAUGUUA